AUGUCCUCAGUCAGGCUCCCACAACUCCUCCUCUCCGUCUGCCUCGCCCAGCCCUCGCCCGAGCCGGUAUCGAUGCUGCCUCUCUUCCUCUCCCUCGCCGCCGCAUCCUCCGUGAAGCUCGAAGACGGCGUCGCUGUCCUCACGCCGGACAACUUUGACGACUGGGUCAAAGCGCAAGAGUUUGCGCUCGUCGAGUUUUACGCGCCAUGGUGCGGCCACUGCAAGUCGCUCGCCCCCGAGUGGGCGGCGGCCGCCAAGAAGACGCGAAAGUACUGCCCGCUCGCCAAGGUGGACGCUGACGAGCACAAGUCGCUCGCGGAGCGCUUUGACGUCAGCGGCUACCCCACGAUAAAAACAUUCAAGAAAGGGGAGGCGAGCGACUACGAGGGCCCGCGAGAGGCCAAGGGCGCGCGCAUCAUCUCGUUCGCUAAAGAGCUGGCGGGCAAGGCCGCAGACGCGGCCAGCCCGAUCGAGCGGAUCAAGAGUGCAGACGUCUCAAGCUUGGCCUUCCCGGCGGUGCUCUACUUUCCGUCCGGCGCCACGGCGCCCUCGGCGACGAUGGCCAUCCCGAGAGAUCGGAAGCUCUUCACGGAGGAGGCGCUCGGUGAGUGGCUCGGCCAGCAGGCUAAGUGA